AUGGGUGGACUGAUUAAAUUUUUACCCGUUACUUAUUCCUUAUUAAUGGUAGGAACUAUUUCAUUAAUGGCUUUACCUUUUGUUUCGGGUUAUUAUAGUAAAGAUUUAAUAUUAGAAUUAGCUUAUAGUAAAUAUAGCUUUAGUGGAACUUAUGCUUUUGUAUUAGGUUCAUUAACUGCUUUUUUAACUGCUUUUUAUAGUUUUAGGUUAAUAAGUUUAGUUUUCUUAACUUCGCCUAAUGGGGGUAAAUUAACAUAUUUAAAUUCACACGAGUCUAGUUUUAUAAUGAUAUUACCUAUGAUUAUUUUGGGUAUAUUUAGUAUUUUUUUGGUUAUAUCUUUUCAGAUUUAUUUGUUGGAAUUGGUACUGAUUUUUAGCGGGAACUGCUUCUAA